AUGAAGUUCCUCGCUGUUUCUCUCGCUCCUUGGGCCCUCGUUGCCUUGACCAGCGUCUCUUCGGUUGUCGCCAUGCCCAACCUCGUCGAGCGACAGACUACCGAUGCCUCGUCUUCUUCGGCUCCGUCGCCGCUCACCCCUAGCAGCACCAACGAAGGCACUCCUCUCACGAUCCAGUGGGACACCACCGCCAACCAGACAUGGAAGAGCAUGGAGAUCAAGUUCAUGACCGGAUCCAACCAAAACAUGACCGAGCUCUACACGGUCGCUACUGGCAUCGACGGUACCAACUCUGGUGCAGGUCAACUUGGUUGGACUGCACCCAACGUCUCUCCCAACGCCAACAUUUACUUUUUCCAGUUCACACACAACGGUCAAGACCCUACUUGGACCACUCGUUUCCCUAUCGCUGAUGCCAGCGGUGCCGUGACUGCUGCUCCUUUCGCUCGUCAGCCUGAGGGUCCCGCGAUCCCUUGGGGUAACGGCAGGAUCGUUUCGGGUGCCGCUGCUGUUUCUUCUUCUUCUUCUUCGUCCAACUCGUCUUCGUCUACCGCUUCCGCUUCGGGAUCGGCAGCUGCUGCUUCGGCUUCGGUUUCAUCCGGUGUCGCUUCGACCAACUCGAGCGCUUCUUUGGCUGUUUCCAGUGCCGUUCCUUCGCAGACCUCCAAUACCUCGUCGGGCUCAAGCUCGAGCGGCCAGUCUUCUUCUGCCUCGAGCGGCCAGUCUUCUUCUGCCUCAAUCACCGCCCGUACCGCCACAUCUGCCCUGGUUGGCUGCGUUGUCGCUGCUCUCGCCGGCAGCUUGCUCGUCUAA